CCAUUUCAGGAUUUUCAGGCAGAGUUUCGUAGGGGAAAUGUUCGCGUUUUCAGUGGCUAUCACAGUCGCUUUUCAGACACGGUCGCGAGGAGCCGAAUCGGAAAAGCGCUUGGUUCGUCUCCGUUCCUGAUAAUGCCAAAAAGAUAGAUAUCUGGCAUGUCCGCUUAUUAGUAGGAAUCCGACGGUGCUUUCGUGGGAUCCUGGUGGUAUUUUGGGGGUGUGUUUAAGUCAUCACAUCAGUGAAAAUGGGGGAAAGAGAGAGGUGCACGAAAACGGCGAUCCGUGUGGGUUUCUACGAUAUCGAACGGACUAUUGGAAAAGGAAAUUUUGCCGUUGUUAAGUUAGCCAGACACAGGAUAACCAAGACGGAGGUCGCUAUAAAAAUUAUAGACAAGUCAAAACUAGACGCUAGCAACUUGCAGAAAGUGUACAGGGAAGUUGACAUUAUGAAAAGACUUGAUCAUCCUCACAUAGUUAAAUUAUACCAGGUCAUGGAGACAAAAAACAUGAUCUAUUUGGUUUCGGAAUAUGCCAGCCAGGGAGAAAUUUUUGACUACAUAGCAAGGUAUGGCCGUAUGUCCGAAGAUCAAGCUAGGCAGAAAUUUUGGCAGAUAUUGUCAGCAGUAGAAUACUGCCACAAUCGUAACAUAGUACAUCGAGAUUUAAAGGCUGAGAAUCUACUUUUGGAUUCAAACAAUAAUAUUAAGAUAGCAGAUUUCGGUUUUUCGAAUUUUUAUUCAACCACUGGACAACUAUCAACUUGGUGUGGAUCGCCCCCUUACGCAGCGCCUGAAGUAUUUGAGGGCAAGAAGUAUGUUGGUCCUGAAAUUGAUAUAUGGAGCCUUGGGGUUGUCCUGUACGUGUUGGUUUGUGGUGCUUUGCCCUUCGAUGGCAGUUCCCUUCAGGCGUUGAGAGACAGGGUGUUGUCUGGAAGGUUUAGGAUACCAUACUUUAUGAGCUCUGACUGUGAAUCACUCAUACGAAAAAUGUUGGUGUUAGAACCAACCAAACGGUACUCCGUGGCUCAGAUGAAAAAGCACCGAUGGAUGCAAAUAGCUGUACCGCCAACUGUCACUCCCAUCAUCCUUGCUUCUAACAAGCAACCGAAUGAACAGAUACUGAGACUUAUGCAGAGUUUGGGGAUAGAUAGCUCGAAGACAAGAGAGUCGAUAAGACAAGGAAGUUACGAUCAUCAUGCAGCAAUCUACUUCUUACUACUUGAUAAGCUUAGGAUUCAGCUAGCUGGAGUCGAAAAUCAAGUAGCGGUGAGGGAAGUUCAAAGAAGGCGGCCUUCAAAUAUCGCAGAGCAAGCCAUGAGAAAAAUUGGCAGAGCCAACACUAGCGAAGAUUGUAGACGCCUUUUGCAACAGUGCUCAUCUGCGACUCCUACAGCGAGCAACAGCAAAAUAAGCUCCGGAUCCUGCAUCAAUAGAACUUGUGAAUCCUCCCCAAUUCAUGGUAUCGAUUCAGCCAAGCUGUUAGCCGCUACUAAUCCUGAAGAUGCGUUAAAAAUCCUGAAUCAGGCUUCCACCACCACCUUCAGUAUGUGCAACGAGGCUACAAAGCUGAUGUCCACGCUGCAAAUGAGUGCCGUACCUUGCCCGUCUGUGGUUUCUUCUGCCUCUGGAGAAUCAACCCCUUCUACAUUUCGAGACCCUCUCAACUUAUAUACUUACACUCAUAAUGCGAUCAACCCACAGCCUUUCGAGGUAAUGGGCAGCAAGGGAUCUCUGAACAGGUUUUCAGCAAGUGGUUUCAGAAGUGGAGAGAUCCAAACUCAAUAUUCAAGUUCUACAGACGAAGGGGUCGAAACUGAUUUAGAGGACCAUAUUCCUAGGCUAAGUUACGCAUCAUCGAGUUCUUCCAGUGGGAUGGCCGGAACUUUCAACGCUUCUAAGAGCCUCAGUCAGAAUUUGAGCUGUGAUAGUAAUUUCGAAAGUUUAGAAUAUUCUUUGACUGAUUCCAACGAUCUGGCGAGCAGUUUACCUAGUUGCACAGCCAGUGAUCAGAAAUCGGAUAUGAGGGGAGGCAGCAUUGUUACUUCAAAUCAUUCAAUGAUACCAAGGUUAGUUACAACGAAGCACAACCCUUUAGUGCAUAUGUCGAGUUAUAAGACAACCCAAAGAGGACUAACAAGAUCACCUAUCGAUUUUCGAGAAGGAAGAAGAGCCAGUGAUGGUUUGGUAGCACAACAAUGCGCUGAAGGAGGAACGAAUAACGUCAUUGCCUUUAAUUCCCAGAAGUUCAGUGAAAACUGCAAAACUAAAGGAGUUUUGGACAUGAAUUUAGUACAAAGAGAAGCUCAACGUUUGCAGUCGAAAUAUCAAUCCAAAGAACCGGCAGAAGAAUCCAACCAAAAGCAGAAACAACACAUUCAAUAUCUUCAACCCCGUGCUAGUAAAAGAAUUAGUCUACCCGACAAUUUCAGCUAUACACCUAAUGUACAGGAGCCACUACACCUUCAAACGGCUAUGCAGCACAGGUUAUUGCAGCAGAAAAGGCAAAUAUUACAAAAACAAUGCGCAAUGACACAUCAAGCCAGUAAUAAUGUUGGAGUUUCAUCAGAUAACCACAGUUUGAGUAGGAGACAAAUGUUGAGGCAAGCUAGUUACAAGAUCGCUCAACAACAGCCGGUCCUACCUCCUCUUCCACUCAACGAAACUGAAAACAAAGACUUGCUAACAUUUCAAACGAUUGUAGAGAAUCCAUCUGAAGCAGCUUGGACUACACUACCGGGAAACUUGCAGAAUUCUUGCCAAAUAGGAGAUACUAGUACUGCACCACUACACUGGCAAACUCCUUCAACUUGGAGUCAACAGGUACCAUUUCUUGUAAAUCCUUGGCCACCAUUACUUCCGCUGAGCGAAAGUCCACUUUUGGAGCUCACAGAGCAAAUGGAGUCAAUGUGAAUAAUUUUAACAGUGGGUGAUUUCAAGUGGAUUUUUUCCAUGGAAGAAACAAUAUAUUAAGUAGAGGUUUGUAAAUGAACUAUGUGAUUGUUUUUGGGUCACGGAUAUCUGUUUAUGAAUAUUCUCAGUCCAAGAGAAUUAAUGAAAUAUAAGAAGUAAGUUAUAUUAUGUAUUUGAGUCCCAUAUUAUAAUUAGUUGCUGUGAUAAUUCUUGAAGAGAAUGUUUUUCUGUUACGAAUGCUCAGUUGUAAAUCUAAAAAUGAACGGAUUGAAAUAAAAUUAUUAUAUUAAUUUUAUUACUGAUCACGUUCGGAAAUAAAUUUAAUAUGAAAAGCAUAUCAGGGAAUAAUGGAUUA